CGGUUCCACCGCGGAGCGACCAUAUCUCCUUUCUGGAGGGAAACAAGCUGUACGUCUGGGGUGGCUACCAGUGUGUGGAUGGACAAGAAACGUUUUUGCCCAGUGAUGAGAUCUGGCUUUAUGACAUGCAGAGUGGAGUUUGUAUUUUGCCUGCUGUGCUUCACUGCAUUAAAACAGUCUCGAAGGUAUAUGGGUGGAGAGGUUCCUCCUGUUCUUUCACAGGCUUGUGGUGGAUAUCUUCAGGGCACACUUUACAUUUUUGGGGGAUGUGACCUCGAUAGCCACACCAACACGGUGAGCUGCUUUAGGAAUUAUAUCAUCAUAAAGCAUCACAUCUCAAAGGCAGAGUAACAGAUGUAUUGUGUUGACCUACUGAGUGUGGAAUAUACCUGGAAAAAAGUGACAGACACAGUGGGAGGGACACCCUCUCCCAGAGCAAGACAUUCCUGCUGGGUCUACAAAAACAGGCUAGUCUACUUUGGAGGAUAUGGCUGCAAAACAGCCAGAGAGUCAACAAAACCAAGAGCUUUAUGGUUGAUGAGGCUAGCUGGGCAACAGUCGGGUCAGAUGUUUUCCAGUUUUGGGGUUGGAAUAAUGAAGUGCAUAUGUUUGAACCAGUGUCAGCCACAUGGACUGAACCACAAACCCAGGGCCAGCCUCCAGAGCCCCGGGCUUCACAUGCCAGUACUACUUUAGGUCAUAAGGGCUAUAUCUGUGGAGGCCUGGAAAGGCAGAUGAUAGACAUUCAUUGUUUAAAUCUUUUAACAUGGACAUGGACACAAAUAGAACAUCAGACUGCUUCUCUCCCACGGGGUCGCACUCUUCACACACUGACUGCCAUCUCAGAUGACACACUCUUCCUGUUUGGAGGCCUCAGUGAUGGGUGGGAAUUUGACACUAAAACAAGAGAAUGGAGAGAGAAAGACCAUGCACAUAAAGACAAGCCCAGGUUGCAGUUCUCAGGUCUCCCUCUCAGAAUCACUGUGCAGAUUUACUGGUAUUCCAGACUCAACCAUACUCCCUGUCAAGAUUAUGUGAAGACUGCAUAGGAAAACAAAUAUUUUCUGUUCAAGAGCAGGCUUUUCUGUUACCAGCCAAGCUUCAGAAGACAAUUGACAAAAGGAUAUCCUACUUCAGGAAA